GAUAAUUUCACCAUCCAUCAACGAUGGCUCACUAUAAUUUUAAGAAAAUCACGGUCGUACCACCUGCAAAGGACUUUGUAGAUAUUGUUUUAUCUAAAACCCAACGUAAGACACCAACAGUUGUACACAAACACUACAAGAUCUCCAGAAUAAGGACUUUUUACAUGCGAAAAGUCAAAUUUGCCUCUCAGACAUUUCACGACAAGUUUACCCAGAUCAUACAAGAAUUUCCCAAACUUGAGGAUGUCCAUCCCUUCUACGCUGACCUGAUGAAUGUCCUUUAUGACAAGGAUCAUUACAAGCUCGCUCUUGGACAGAUCAACACCGCUCGACACCUCAUUGACAAUGUGGCUAAGGACUACUACCGCCUCCUGAAGUAUGGAGACUCCUUAUACAGGUGUAAACAACUCAAAAAAGCUGCCUUGGGAAGGAUGUGUACUGUGAUGAAGAGACAGAAACAAAGCUUGGAAUACCUGGAGCAGGUACGACAACAUCUCUCUCGUCUGCCAUCCAUAGACCCCAACACCAGGACACUCCUUAUCUGUGGCUUCCCCAACGUCGGCAAGUCCAGCUUCAUCAACAAGAUAACUCGAGCUGAUGUGGAAGUGCAACCCUACGCCUUCACAACCAAAUCCUUAUUUGUCGGCCAUACAGACUACAAAUAUCUACGAUGGCAGGUCGUUGACACACCAGGAAUUCUUGACCAUUCACUAGAGGAUAGAAACACAAUAGAAAUGCAGGCAAUUACAGCUCUGGCCCAUUUGCGGUCAGCUGUCCUGUACAUCAUGGAUGUGUCUGAACAGUGUGGUCACUCCCUAGAGCAACAGCUUAACCUCUUCAGCAGUAUAAAACCUCUAUUUACAAACAAACCUCUGAUAGUUGUUGCCAACAAAAUUGAUGUUACUAAAGUAGAGGAACUUCCAGAAGAGAAACAGCAAAUAUUUAAAGAUUUUGAAGAAGAGGGUAUUCCAGUUUUACAUAUGAGUACUUUAUCAGAGGAGGGAGUCAUGCAAGUGAAAACAGAUGCAUGUGAAAGACUUUUAGCUCACAGGAUCGAGACGAAAAUUAAACUUAAGAAAGUGUCAGAUGUAAUGAACAGACUACAUGUAGCCAUGCCAGCUAAAAGGGACACCAAGGAGAGACCGCCAUACAUACCACCAGGAGUCCAAAGAAAAGAACAGGCAAUGGACACAGAAAACAAGAAAAAGACAGAGCGAGACAUAGAACUGGAACAGGGAGAUGAUUACUACCUAGAUCUUAGAAAAACAUGGGAUUUAGCCAAAAAAGAGCAAACAUAUGAUGUCAUCCCCGAGAUCUGGCAGGGCCAUAAUGUGGCUGACUUCAUAGACCCUGAUAUCAUGGAGAAACUUGAUGCACUUGAGAAGGAAGAAGAUUUACGAGAGAAAGCUGGUUACUAUGACAAUGAAAGCAGUGAGGAAGACGAAGAGAUGAAAUAUAUAAGACGUACAGCUAAAAAAAUUAAAGAAAAGAGGAAGAUUAUGAUGAUAGAAUCAAGAGAGAAGAGACGCAUCAAUAAGCCUCGUCUGCCAAAGAAAGCACAGAAGAUUGAUACAAAGAGCAUGGUGACCGAUAUGGAAGAAAUGGGUGUGGAAAUCGAGGAAGGGACACAUAUGGCUAGAGCUCGAUCGAGGAGUGCUAGUAGGCAAGCUGUAAAGAGAAAGCGCAGUGAAUCCACAACAGCCAUGGAUACCUCCAAAACUAGGAGCUUAAGUCGCUCAAAGGUGCCAAGAGACAAGUCUGGUGUACGCGAUGUUGUGAUGGCUACCAAAGCAAAGAAGAUUGGAAGAAAGGCACAAGUCCCGAGGAAUAGAAACGCAAAGAAGGGCGAAGGUGAUCGUGUCAUCCUCAACAUGAUGCCCAAACAUCUGUAUGCUGGUAAACGUGGAACAGGCAAAACGCAACGACGCUAAGAUUAUUGGGACAUUUAAGAUCAGUACCAAGAUCGAACACCAACAAAUAUAGAUAUAAUAAAGAUGUACAACGAUUUAUACACAUUACAGACAAAAUGGUGUCGGUACAUCAAUCAUUAAUGUCGACAAAGUACAGAGUCAACAUUGUGUUUUAUGAACAUUUUGUUGAAGUAUUUCACUGAUAAUCCUCCUGUGAUAAACAACAGCUGAGGGAGGAAUACUGAAAAGUCAUCAAAUUUCACAUUACCGUGAUUAAGAUUGAAACAUCAAUCCCGUUUUAAUAAAUUAAGUUUAUGAUGGUG